UCCCUUAACGGUCGAUUAGAUUUACCGUUUUGGUUAUUUAUCGAGAAAAUUAAGAUCCGAGUUCUUGAUAGUAUCCAAAUGAUUGAAUCGAACCAUUCUCAUGGAUGUUUGUUAUUGGAUUUGUCAGUCUGUGUUUGGGCCUAGCAACAAUUUUGGCCCAAUCACAGUAACAGAAUUUCCCUCUCAAUUUAAAACACUGAUAUUUCCUUCAUAUUUUUUCUCAUAUCCUCUCUUACGCAACUUUUUUUUUUUCUUGAAAUUGAUUUCUUGAUCUCAGAUGAGGAAUCAAUAAAAAAUUUCUGAAAAUGGAUUUGCGUGAAUCUUCAAGCCGCGAUGGUGCCCCCGCAGCGGCCGCCAUCACCACCACUGACUCUGACACUGCUCCCACCGCCAUCGCCCCUGACUCUGACACUACUGAUGCUGUUGAUCACCAAAGUAGUCUCCAUACUGAAGAUAUACCUGCUCAGAAUCCUUCAGGCAGUAAUGAGAUUAGUUCAAGUCCUUCUGCCUUUCCUGCAGACUCAGUGGUCCCAGAAUCAACGCCAGCAAAUCCUAGUUGUGAGCAAAGGGCUAACAUUGCCUGGCGGGUGCAACCUCCUGCAGAAGUUCACAAACCUUCAGGCAGUGGCUUGCAACAAGAAAAGAAAAGGAAGAAUCCUUUUGAUUCUGGGAAUAAUACCAUUUCCAAACGUUGCCGCUGUGACAAGACUCGUUGCUUGGAUCUUAGAUGUCAGUGCUUUUUUGGUGAGUGGUAUUGUGAGGAAGCUUGUUCUUGCAAAGGAUAUGCUUUAACCAGGAAGAAUUCGAUGAUGUAGUUUCUGAAGCCAGACAAAAAGUUAAUUCUGAAGAUCCUCUGGCUUUUGAAGUAAACCGUGCGAUGCUCCGUAAUGGUCGCAUAUGAUUAACUAACGAGAGGUAAGUUGAGGCAACUGUAUUUUCUUGAUGUUGUUCAGGACUUGUUUUUUCAUAUUUUUGUAGGUUACUAUCUUGUGAUGGCUUUUAGUUUAACGCCAUCUGCUAGUAAAAAUUGUACCAGGUACGGAACGUUUACCUUAAAUGAAAGACGCGCACAGUUACUUGUAUGAUGGAAUAUGAUGGAACCAAGAUGCAAUUAAUAGCAAGAAUUCAUUUGCAAAGCUGGAAGAUGGACACCAGUAGAGUAUAGCAUAGUAUAGCAAUGAAAUCUCAAUAUAUAGGCUUCUCCUGCUUGUUUCUUAACUUUCUUUGUUUUUAUAUGCUUACUCAUUGCGAAUUCUAGGAUAGAAUACAAGAUUGCAGUAUAUGGUUUUUUCCUGAUAAUGCCAAGUGCUAUGCAA